GCAAAGAGAACCAGAAAGCAAACUUGCAAUAACGUGUUAAAAAUGGCCGACGAGGAGGUACCAACGCUAGAGACAGAACAACCUGUUCAGAAUGAAACUGUCGAGCAGGUACCGGGUACUGAAGGAAUGCCAGAUGGCUAUGGUGACGGAUCAAAAGCUUUUCGUGGUGGGUUUGGUGGGCCACCGCGAGGUAGGGGAUUUCCAAGAGGUCCAAGGCCACCCUUUAAUGGCAGAGGACCAGGAGGGCCGCCGAGGUUCCGGGGACCACCGGGACCCCCGGGGAUGAGGGGGCCACCAGGGAUGCGCGGACCACCUAUGAUGCGCGGACCACCCAGACCUCCACCCUAUGGCAGACCUCCAUUUGAUCCUAAUUACGGACCUCCACCACCGGGAAUGGGACCACCUGGAAUGGGUCCGCCUGGUAUGGGGCCUCCCGGCAUGGGACCCCCAGGAAUGGGUCCACCUCCAGGAAUGAGACCCCCAAUGAUGCCACCCCCUGGAAUGCCCCCUCCGGGGAUGCCACCUCCAAAUUUCUCAGUUCCACCCCCAGGGUUUCCCCAGUCAUCCCUCACACCACCAGGGACAGGCGGAGAGGAGCUGUGGGUAGAGACAAAAACCGCAGAAGGAAAGGCAUACUAUUACAAUGCAAGGACUAGAGAGUCAGCAUGGACAAAACCAGAAAAUGUUAAAAUCAUUACACAAGCUGAGGUAGAGGCUAUGGCACAACAACAGACAGGCACACAGGCCAAUACUGGCAUGACAGCAGGUCAGACAACACAACCAUCAGCUGUCAACGGAGACCAAGCUCCAGCCUUCUCCAGUCCUAUGAUGCCUCCAGGUCUGACCCCUCCAUUCUUACAGCACAACCAGACCAACAACCAGGGAAUGGGAGAAGACAUGCAGCAACAGGUGCCUGAAGCUGUGGCCGCCCACAAACUACCCACCACACAGCUGCCCCCUAAGCCUCCAGAGGUGGCAGAAUGGUCUGAGCACAAGAACGCUGAUGGUAGAUCUUACUUCUACAACUCUGUCAAGAUGGAGUCGACCUGGGACAAACCUCAGGUCCUGGUGGAAUGGGAAGCUAAAAUAGCAGCCCUGCAGCAACCCCAGCCAUCAGUGACCUCUCCUGAAGACAGUGGAGAUGGCAGCACUGUUCCUACACAAGACAGCAGUGAGGAGGUUGCCAUGGAAACCAGUGAAAAGGAGAUAGAAGAGGAGGUAAAGAAGGAGGAGCUGGAGGAGAAAACAGAAGAACAGAAGAACGUGGACAAAUCUCGCCCCGUAUCCAGUACCCCCGUGUCAGGGACUCCAUGGUGUGUGGUGUGGACGGGAGAUGGGCGUGUCUUCUUCUACAACCCAAGUCAGCGAGCCUCACUCUGGGAGAAACCGGAGGAGCUGAUUGGACGAGCUGAUGUGGACAAGAUGAUCCAGGGUCCUCCCGACAACAACAAAGGAGCAGAGAAAGAAGAGGAUGAACCUCAGGCAAAGAAGGCCAAGAUUGAAACAGAGGACAUGGAGGAUAAGAAGGAUGGUGGUCCGCGGACGAUUGAUGUAGGUAAGGAAGCAGCCAUUGAAGCGGAGGUCCAGGCCGCCCGACAGAGAGCUGUCGUCCCGCUGGAGAUACGAAUGAAGCAGUUCAGGGACAUGCUGGCCGAGAAGGAGGUAUCUGCGUUUUCUACCUGGGAGAAGGAGCUACACAAGAUCGUGUUUGACCAGCGAUAUCUGUUACUGACGUCCAAGGAAAGGAAGCAAGUCUUUGAGCAGUACGUCAAGGAGCGAGCUGAAGAGGAAAGGCGGGAGAAACACCGAAAACUGCGGGAAAAGAAGGACUCAUUCCGACAACUACUGGAGGAGGCAAAGCUGCACGGAAAAUCGUCCUUCAGUGAGUUUGCUUCCAAAUACGGUAAAGAUGAAAGAUUCAAGGGAAUCGAGAAAAUGCGAGAACGGGAGAGUAUUUUCAGCGAUUAUUGCUCGGAUCUUCGUCGUAAAGAGAAGGAGGAAAAAUCAAGUCAAAAAGAAAAGCUGAAGGCUGACUUUAUCCAACUUCUGAAGGAGACAUCAGACAUUGACCGUCACUCACGCUGGAGUGAGAUCAAGCGUAAGAUUGACUCGGAUUCUCGCUAUAAAGCUGUGGACAGCAGCUCGCGGCGGGAGGAUUGGUUUAAGGACUACGUCAGGAAGUUGGAGGAUAAGAGAGACAAGGACAAGGAGAAAGACAAAGAGAGAGACAGAGACAGAGAAGAGGAUUCAGACGAUGAGAGGAAAGAAAGAGAGAAGCAAGAGAGAAUUGAGGCCAGCAUAAGGAAGCGUACGGAGGAAGUGGAACGGUCACUGUCAAGUUCACUGAGGGAGAGAGACAAAGAGAGGGAGCAGCACAAGAAGGAUGAAGCCGUGCAGCUCUUUAAUGCUCUGCUGGUGGAUCUCGUUCGUAACUCGGAGGCAACAUGGCGAGACACACGUAAACAACUACGGAAAGAUCAUCGCUGGGAAUUAGCGGAACUUCUGGACCGGGAAGAGAAGGAAAAGAUAUUUGAAGAACACAUAGAAAGCUUGUUCAAGAAAAACAAAGAAAUGUUCCACAAACUUUUGGACGAGACAAGUAUCAGUUUAGUGGCAACUUGGAAAGAAGUGAAGAAACAAAUCAAGGAAGAUCCACGCUACUCGAAGUUCUCCUCAAGUGACAGGAAAAGAGAGAAGGAAUUCAGUGAUUAUAUCCAUGAGAAGUAUGUACAGGCCAAAGCUGACUUCAGAGAGCUUCUGAAGGAGACUAAACUGAUUACAUACAAAUCCAAGAAGCUGAUAGAAGAAACUGAUUCUCAUCUCAAGGACAUUGAGAAGAUUUUAGAGAAUGACAAGCGUUACUUAGUACUGGAGUGUGCGCCAGAGGAGAGAGCCAAGAUUUUACUGGCAUACAUGGAGGAUCUCCAUAGACGUGGGGUACCUCCCCCUCCCACAGCAUCAGAACCCUCAAGGCGGUCCACCAAGUGAGGCCCUCAGAGGGGGGAAUUGUAGACUUAUAAAAUAUUGUGUUCACUCUUGACCUUGUCUUCAUUCUAUUAACCUUGAAUGUUUUAUAUUGUUAAGGCAUCAUCAGUAUCAUCAGUUUCCAUGUACUGUAUGUGCAAAGAUUCAUUGACAUUUUACCAAUACAAAAAUCCAAGUUGUUUUUGUUGUAAUUUUAUGAUUUUUAUCUAGGAAAUAAAACUGGAUUUGUAGCAAA